AUGGCGUCUUCUUCCUCUUCCGCUGGGUAUCAUCUUCUCCAGCAAGGCGACACACCCGAAACAACACCGGCAGCCACUGAAGAAGAAAUCAGAAUGGGUAAAUCGCUGGGCACAUUUCGAGCUUGCUACGUUGUGGCCUUGUGCUGCAUUGGCUCGUUCCUCUUCGCCUACGACACUGGGAUUGUGGGAGGUGUCUUGACGUUUCCGUCCUUCCAAAAUGACUUCGGCUACUCAAAGGCCGACAAGACACAAGUCAAUUCGAACUGUGUCUCGAUCCUCCAGGCUGGAGCCUUUUUCGGCUGCUUCUUCAUCUGGCCACUGACGGGAUGGCUCGGUCGGAGAUGGGGGUUCAUCAUCGCCUCUGUCGUUUUCUGCAUCGGGUGCAUUUUGCAGAUUGUGAAAUCACACUCGAUUGGCGUUUUCUAUGCUGGUCGCGUCAUAUCUGGCUUAGGUACUGGGGCAGCGACAGUGCUGGUGCCCAUGUUCUCCGCCGAGAUGGCCCCAAAGGAGAUCCGAGGCAAGCUGGGCUCAUGCUUUCAGCUGUUCUUUGCGACUGGUGUUUGUGUCAGUUACUGGGUCGACUACGCUGCGCAAGUGGGCAUUUCCGAGACUUCUUCGAUGCAAUGGCAAGUGCCUGUAGGCCUACAGCUGGUCCCUGGAGGUCUUCUUGGGCUGGGCAUGUUACUGGUCAAGGAGUCUACUCGUUGGCUUGCAAAGAAGGGUCGCAAUGAAGAAGCUUAUGCUUCUCUCCUUUGGGUCCGUGGUGGUGUCGAUAGCCCCGAGAUUCGAGCCGAGUUUGCAGAAAUACUUGCUGGCGUGGAAGUGGAAGUGCGAGAAUCUGAAGGCCUGACUUGGAAAGAACUUCUCCUGCCAUCGAACAGAUAUCGAUUGUUUAUCGCAAUCACGAUUCAACUCUGCGCCCAACUGACCGGCAACACCUCACUAGCCUACUAUGCUCCGCAGAUCUUCGCUACCAUUGGGGCUGGCAACAAGACACUCUUCAUCACUGGCUUCUUCGGGCUGGUUAAGAUGGCUGGUGUCUUGAUCUUCAUUCUCUUCUUCGUCGAAAGGUUUGGCCGCAAGCUUCCCUUCAUGGUCGGCGCAUUUGCGAUGGGGAGUUUCAUGCUCAUCAUUGCAUUGAUUGUUGACACGCAUCCCCCCAAACCAUCGGCCACGGGGAUCACAUCGUCGGGAGCGGCCGGUAUUGCCAUGGUCUACCUGGAAGCAUUCGCGUUCAAUAUGUCUUGGGGCCCUCUGCCGUGGCUGUACAUAGGCGAGAUAUUCCCCAACCGGAUCCGGGAGAUUGGUGUUGCAACAGGUGCAGCAAGUCAGUGGCUCUUCAACUUCGUCAUGAGCCAGAUUACCCCUCACGCUAUCACCAAUAUCGGCUGGAGGACGUUCCUCAUGUUUGCUAUAUUCAACUACGCCAUCAUCGUUUAUAGCUAUUUCCUGCUCAAGGAGACUACGGGCAAGAGCUUAGAAGAGAUGGAGGUUGUCUUUGGUACUGUGGAUAGGCUUCCCACCAAGGACGAUGACGAGGUGGAAUCGCAGGCUGCACACGAUACCUCCAGGGAGAUUCACGAAACAACCAAGUGA